CGAGGAACAAGGCCAAGAAAAGACUUGAUCGAAUGGAAAGGUUAUCCUCAAAUAGCGACAGAAUAAUCGAAGUAGCAAAUGCGACGGAAGUUCGUACGACUUUGCAAGACCCAUCAAAGAAAACCUCGAGGGCCCGGCCAACACGAGGACAGUCGGAAAUUAUUCGAGCACUGGAUCGCACGACGGGGGAUUGGAUUGGACCAAGUAAACGGCUGGAAUGUAGUGCAGUGUAGGCGUUUAGACCAUGUGCUAUCAUUGCGUGGUAAGUCUGCAUUGACACAUGUUGCGCAAAAGUGAGAACGAGGAAUUGGCAAGAAAGUUGACCGCAGGCAGAAUGAGGGAAUCAGGUUCAUCGGCGCAGGUUUGAAUGUGCACUGGGCUCUCGCCCAAGUCUGGCAAUGAACGGACAGAAGCAUCGGGUAGAGCUGAGGUUCUGAGAAUGGACUGACUGCAGACUGGAUGAAGGAUUGUUGGCGGUGCUCCGGAGUCUGAUAUUACCAGCAGCUGCCUGUCUUGGUGACAACCGCAUCGAUGUCCCCUGAGGUGUCCCCAAGGCCUGCUCAGUCUGCUUUAGCGCACAUGAAGACGAGCUUCGAGUAUGAUGCUCGCUUAUGAUCAUCACGACUCCAGACGGAUGCCGAGGGAGGAACUUUCGUUGUUUUUGCAGAUGCGGAGAUUUGCCUUUUGCACCCGUCUUUACCUCGGCGCUUGUGGUGUUUAGCUCGUCGGUGGGGACGCAGGUCAUAAAGUGAUCAAAUACAAAGGUUUCAUAUCGCCUUCUCAGCACGUUGUUGUCCCUCGGGUACUUUUUGUUCGAAAGUUGCGAGCAGGAGCCAUGACGGAGUACUGGGUGAGUCAAGGUAAUAAGUGGUGUGAUUACUGUAAGAUAUACAUUGCGAACAACUCCACGAGCAUUCGAACUCACGAAUUCGGCCAGCGGCACAAGGAAAACGUCGCCAAAAAGCUUACGGCUAUAAGAAAAGAUAAUGCUGUUAAAGAGAAGGAGAAGCUGCAAGCUGCGAAAGACCUGGAGAAAAUUGAAGCGCAAGCACGGAAGAGUUAUGAAAGAGACCUUGCGGCCAUUCGAAGGGCAGAUGUAGCUGCUGAAAUAUCUCAUGUUACUGUAGAAGCAGAGGUCCGACCAGCUGCAAAUGUAGGGACAUCUGAAGUUGCGGCCGUCAAUGAUUCUUCUGGAGUAAGCAGCGCGACCUCUGAGAAUGAAUGGACAUUUGAUGAAGCAACGGGUUAUCAUUUCAAUGCUGCAACAGGGUAUUUCUACGAUCCCAAUUCCGGCCUAUAUUAUAGCGACAUUUUGGGAAAAUGGACAACCCAAGAAGAGGCGUUAAAAGCGUCUCAGGAUGGAAAAACAGCAAGUGACGGAGAUACUGUGAAGGGAUUGAGAAGCUUUUCAAAUUCAGCGCCUCAAAUUAUCCAGGCAGAUUACCAAAGUCAAGCUGUAUCGAGCGUCACGACGAAGAAAAGCAGAGAUGCUGCAUCUUUGUCAUCUGCUGGCAAGGAAACCAGUGCCCUUGUUGGACCUGUUGUGAAGAAACAAGAACCAGUUGGUGUGGGCAAAGGGGUAGCAUCUUCCUUAGAGGUAGGCAAGAGGAAGAGGGAGGAGAAAAGAGGGCCAAUUUCUGGUGAAGAGGCUGCCGCACUAGCUGCUAGAGAAGCUGCGAGGAAAAGGACGCAAGAACGAGAAAAAUCAUUGCUGGGUCUCUAUCAGGCUUACUAGUAUUGUGUCAACCUUUCAGACACUUUUCUCAAGUUUUCAUGUUGCCUUUUUUGUACCUUCUCGCCCAAGGAACCUUGGGGGCAGUUAGGAGGGGAUAUGCUUUCCAGUUUGAACGGCCAGGUCUUUCUGUCACGUUUGUGGUGACUUCGGCCUUGUUCUAGUGGAUGACCAUAUCUUGUUGUAGGAUCCUUAGUAUCAAGAAGACAGCAAGCAAAGAUUGCACGUAGAUUGAAAUGCAACCCGCGAUUUGGUGCAGUCGACAGUCUUGGAGGUUUUUGGCCUGAAAGAAAAUCUUAUGCGAGCUCACUUUCGACUGAAGAAUAGGAUAGUAAUUACGAUUAUCACUUCAAUUUUACCUUCGAAGGAGUGACUGUGGAGUUUGGAUAUGGCUUCACGAACGUCGGUUCUCAAAUUCGUUUAUAGACGAUAGAUAUCGUCAUCGUUUUCAAGCCUGUUCAUUUUGCUCUAUAUCGAUGCCAACAACUAUGGGCCAAAUGGCCUCUGUUGAACAUGUGUUUCUUCUUCCGAAGUCACUACAUCCCCUGCAGUGCAUUGUGGAGGCAGCCUGGUCCUGAGCCCAUCAUCCACUUCUUAGGAUCUCGGGCUGGGCAUAUGGUAGGCAGCUCCCCACCAUGGAACGAGGCCUGGCAGGACACUUUGUCUGAGACAGGCCACGGUGCUGUCAUUUGAGAGCUGGGAGCUCAAAUAUUGUAAGUUGGUUGUCGAGGUCACACUUGGUGUGAAAUGUACAUACCUUGAAUUUAACUGAAAUUUCGAAUCCUGAAAGAGCUGGACGUAGUUUCUAUUUCAGCUAUACUUCCAUUAUUGUGUUCAAAGUAUAAACCUUUCAUUUCAAUCGUGACCUGUUCCAUGCAUUACAUCCGCUGCACUACCCUAGAAGUAGUCAAGUUACACACCCGAGGGACAUGCCUGAUAUGUGUGCCAAGCUUGAGAUCCGAAUAUAGUACCUGAACACUGCCAGGUAACUGAGUUGGAAUUGUUCGCUUACUGAUAAUUUAUGUGUUGUAAGUAACUCAUGACCCUUGCAGUAUGGACCACCGGGCAUCUAUGAUAUGAGAACAUUCAAAUGGGAUGGAAAUAAUAUUAG